UCUCGCUCAAGGAAGACUUGCGGCUGUCACUCACUCUGCACGGGCCCUGGCACGCGAAAGUUCACACAGAUAUCAUAUCAUUAGAUUUAUUUAAAAUAUAAUGUUUACCUGCUUAUUAUUGUGACUAACGGACUUACAGACGUUUAAGGGAAAGGGUGUGUUUCGAUAUCACUGCAGUCAUGUUGUCGAGACUAAGCACAAGAGUGAGACCGUGUGUGAGUGUGUGUCGCUGGAUUCACACUAAAGAGAAGGGGAAACCUCUCAUGCUCAACCCACGUACCAACAAGGGCAUGGCGUUCACUCUGAAGGAGCGACAGAUUUUGGGCAUUCAUGGUCUAUUGCCACCAAAGAUUGAGACCCAGGACACACAGGCCAUCCGCUUCCAGAAGAACCUGAAGAAGAUGUCUGAUCCUCUGCAGAAAUACAUCUACCUGAUGGGGAUUCAGGAGAGGAACGAGCGUCUCUUCUACCGUGUGUUGAUGGAAGACAUCGAGGCUCUGAUGCCCAUCGUCUACACGCCCACUGUUGGCCUUGCGUGCACACAGUAUGGACACAUCUUCCGUCGGCCCAAAGGUCUGUUUAUCUCCAUUAAGGAUCAAGGACACAUUCGUUCCAUAUUGGAUAACUGGCCAGAAACUACUGUUAAGGCUGUAGUUGUGACAGACGGUGAGCGUAUCUUGGGUCUAGGAGAUCUGGGAGUGUAUGGUAUGGGUAUUCCUGUUGGCAAGCUGUGUCUGUAUACUGCCUGUGCUGGAAUCCGACCUGAGAGUUGCCUGCCGGUCUGCAUUGAUGUGGGCACUGAUAAUGAGACGUUACUAAGAGAUCCGUUCUACAUGGGUCUGUAUCAGCGGCGGGACCGCUCUCAGCGAUAUGAUGACCUCAUAGAUGAGUUUAUGGAUGCUGUGGUGGAUAAAUAUGGACAGGAUACACUUAUCCAGUUUGAGGACUUUGGAAAUCACAACGCCUUCCGCUUCUUGAAGAAAUACCGUGAGAAGUACUGCACCUUCAACGAUGAUAUCCAGGGCACUGCAUCUGUAGCUCUGGCAGGUCUACUGGCAGCUCAGCGUGUGGUGGGGAAGCCAGUAACUGAACAUAAAGUUUUGUUUCUGGGAGCUGGAGAGGCAGCUCUUGGGAUUGCUAACCUGAUUGUCAUGGCGAUGAUGGAGGCAGGGGUGUCUCAGGCAGAUGCCAGAAAGAAGAUCUGGAUGUUUGACAAAUACGGUCUGCUAGUAAAGGGCAGAGCUUAUGAGACAGACAGUAAUCAGGAGGCUUUUGUCCAUGCUGAUCCAGGGGACGUAAAAAGCUUCUUAGAUGCUGUCAAUGUCAUUAAACCCACUGCGAUCAUUGGUGUGGCAGGAGCUGGCCGGCUCUUCACUCAUGAUGUCAUCAAAGCAAUGGGCAGCUUGAACGAACGACCAAUCAUCUUUGCGCUGAGUAACCCCACCGCCAAAGCAGAGUGCACUGCUGAAGAUGCUUACAGCCUCACACAGGGUCGGUGCUUGUUUGCCAGUGGCAGUCCAUUUGCCCCCGUGUCAUUGGAGGAUGGCAGAAUACUGACCCCUGGACAGGGCAACAAUGCUUAUAUAUUCCCAGGUGUUGCUCUGGCUGUAAUUCUCAGUGGAGUCAGACACAUCAGUGAUACGAUCUUUCUUGAGGCAGCAAAGACACUUGCAGAUCAGCUUACAGAUGAGGAUCUGAGUCAGGGCCGACUGUAUCCCCCCCUUUCCAACAUCAGAGAGGUGUCUUUACAGAUGGCUGUCAAGGUGGUGCAGUAUGUAUAUUCAAACGGAAUGGCAUUCAGAUACCCAGAGCCUGUGGAUAAGGAAGCUUACGUUCGAUCAACUGUGUGGAACACCAACUACGAUUUGUUCCUUCCCGACAUGUACAACUGGCCCGGAGUAUCUCACAGCCCCAUAGUGGACUAGACGAACACAUGAGAACAUGCAAACAAGACAAGAGAGAAACAGAACAAAAAGAAGGAACUCUGAAGGGAGUUUUGAUGCUACAGAUUUAGGCACUCCAUGUUUCCCUGCCGCUUCUGUCUAUUCUAGUAUUUAUUCGUAUUUCUCACCCUUAUUUAAAUUGUGUAAUCUUAGUUUACAGGUGAAUCUCAACUACAACAUGUCCGGGUCACAUUUCAAUCCAAAAUACGAAAAUGAAGACCUGUUUUUAUAGUGACAUUAUUUGCAUAACAUUUAAGCCCCUCCCCAUAUUCUCUCAUUAUGGCAGUAUUUGUUGCACUGCCUUUAAUUUAUGCUCAUUGUGUUACAGUAUGUUUUGUUUUUGGACAGAAAUGUGCUUACUGACAUGAAAAUAAUGCCACAAUUGAAAGAUUCUAAAAAUAGGCUUUAUUUUCUUUAAGCAAAAUAUAAUGUCUUAUUGUUUCUUUAGAUUUUGGGGUGAAAUGUGACCCGGGCAUGUUUUCCUGUGAUUCAGCCUUAUUGCUUAUUACAGCCAGUUGUCUUGUGUUUUGUUUAAUAGUGUGCCUUGUCACUCCUCUCAGUUUUUAUAUGCUGCUCACAAUGUAAUGUUAUCUAUAAUGAAGUGACACUCCAUAUACUCAUUGUGUUUCUGUUUGUUUCCUGUUGUAUCUGUCACUGUCAUUCAGUCUCUUAAAGAUCCAUCCCUUUAGUAGAGGAGGAGCUACAGGGAGCAAAGAAAAAGCACAGGAGACAGAAGGUUAUAUUACACAGAAUCAUGUUGAUAUUACAUUAUGUCAUAUAUCUCGGUCUCUGUGGUCGUGACUGAUCUGUAAUGGUUUUAGAGCACUGACCAGAAUCAAAUAUUUACACACUUAUACCAGAUCAUGUCUUGUAACACUCUGUAUAACAGCUGAAGUCCAUUUCUAGUUGACACUUUACACUAUUGUACUGUCAGCCAGUAAUUAUUGUGAAAUAAACCCUGACAGGGUCAUUUUGUGUCAAGUUUAUUUUGUGAUAAUGACAGGCUGUCUGUACUUUCUUAUUAUUAUGCAGCAACUUACAAAAUCAAUAAAUAAAAGGACAAUAAAUAUUGAUUUGAGGUGAAAAUAUUAUGCGAGAAGAGAGCGCAGGGCCAUGUGAAAUACAUGAAACUAGCACAGCUAUGUAGGAAAUCAGUAGCCUGCAAUACCGGCCAAUUAUACAAUUUAGCGGUCAAUAUCCAAAACAUAUUUGACAGCAGAACUCAGUAUUCUAUAAAGCUGUUUAGUGAUAGCUAGUCAAAGCUGAAGUACCAUGGAAAGUGCCCGCUUAGGUGGUUUUCACACUGGGCACGUUUGCUGCGGUCCGAAUCCAAGCACGAUUGUUCCCGGCGCCCCCCCCAGCGUUGGUCUGGUUUCAGACUUGUGUAUGAUUCUGUCGAACCCUGGUUCUUUUACGUCAUCAACUUGCGUCAUCACAAGCGUGCAAAUGAUGGAAAACACAAUGUGGGUCACUAUAUUUGUGUGUUUGUUAUUAAUUUUGUGUCAUUAUGCACACCAGAGUGAACGACACUUGCGCCUCUGUGCUUCACAUGCUGUAAUUCAGCAGUUGUAAAUUUCCAGGGGAAGGAGACUAUAUCUGAUGCUCUCAAACAAUCUUUUUUGAGGACACAGCUGGUUGCACGCUCAAUCACAUAUAUAAAAGGCACCUCACCUAUUCUGUGUCCCGAAAGGUUUCCCUGCCAAUCAAGAUGCACGUGUGUGUGUUUGUUUUUGUGCAACUGAUGAUGUCAUCAUGCUUAAAUUGGCAAAAAACGCAUGCAAAAGUAAUUUUGCCUCCUGAACAAGUGCGGUCCCGAGGACAGGUUGCUUUCUCACUCAUGCGAUCUGUGCCGAACUCAGACCACCUCCUACAGGUAGUCUCGGGUUUGGUACCGCGAACCGUGCUCUGUUUCGGACUAAACUGCCAGUGUGAAAGCACCCUUAUAGAGAUCUUUUCAUAAGUCGUCACACAUCAUAUAGUGUGUUACAUAUUUUACAUGCCAUUCUGUGUUCAGUAGCCAAAUAUCACCACAGAAUCAAGUUUUUUAGAUGAAUGAAUUAUCAUGAUUUAAAUUUCCCUCUUAUUGUCUUAGGGUCAUUUUUGACCCAGGACAGGUAAAGAAUACAUUAUAAAUACCACAUAGUUUUUGGUACUUGAACCAAACGUUGUGACUUUGUCAUUUAUUUUUGUAUAUAACUAUUUAAGAGAAAUAACAAUAUAAAACAAAUUGUUUCUUCCAGGGGUGGGCGAUAUGACCAAAAUCUUAUUUCAUGAUAUGAAUCUUUUUAUAUCACGAUGACGAGAAAUCACAAUAUUUUGUUUUUCCUGAAAAAUCAAUAAAAAUGGGUUUAUACAUUAAAUAACCAUGUUUUAAUGUCUAUUUUUGCACAAUCCAGUCAGUAAUUUAAAUACAGUUGUGCUCAAAAGUUUGCAUACCCUGGCAGAAAUUGUGAAAUUUUGACAUUGAUUUUGAAAAUAUGACUGAUCAUGCAAAAAAACGGUCUUUUAUUUAAGGAUAGUGAUCAUAUGAAGCCAUUUAUUAUCACAUAGUUGUUUGGCUCCUUUUUAAAUCAUAAUGAUAACAGAAAUCACCCAAAUGGCCCUGAUCAAAAGUUUACACACCCUUGAAUGUUUGGCCUUGUUACAGACACACAAGGUGACACACACAGGUUUAAAUGGCAAUUAAAGUUUAAUUUCCCACACCUGUGGCUUUUUAAAUUGCAAUUAGUGUCUGUGUAUACAUAGUCAAUGAGUUUGUUAGCUCUCAUGUGGAUGCACUGAGCAGGCUAGAUACUGAGCCAUGGGGAGCAGAAAAGAACUGUCAAAAGACCUGCGUAACAAGGUAAAGGAACUUUAUAAAGAUGGAAAAGGUAUAAAAAGAUAUCCAAAGCCUUGAAAAUGCCAGUCAGUACUGUUCAAUCACUUAUUAAGAAGUGGAAAAUUCUGGGAUCUCUUGAUACCAAGCCAAGGUCAGGUAGACCAAGAAAGAUUUCAGCCACAACUGCCAGAAGAAUUGUUCGGGAUACAAAGAAAAACCCACAGGUAACCUCAGGAGAAAUACAGGCUGCUCUGGAAAAAGACUGUGUGGUUGUUUUAAGGAGCACAAUACGACGAUACUUGAACAAAAAUGAGCUGUAUGGUCGAGUUGCCAGAAAGAAGCCUUUACUGCGCCAAUGUCACAAAAAAGCCCGGUUACAAUAUGCCCGACAACACCUUGACACGCCAAAAUAGAGCUUUAUGGUCACAACCAUAACCGCUAUGUUUGGAGAGGGGUCAACAAGUAUUGUGCUCCUUGAAACAACCACACCGUCUUUUUCCAGAGCAGCCUGUAUUUCUCCUGAGGUUACCUGUGGGUUUUUCUUUGUAUCCCGAACAAUUCUUCUGGCAGUUGUGGCUGAAACGUAUGUGUAUAAUUAUUUUUUAUUUUUUAUUAUUAUCUAUGUCUUGCUACUGUUUUUGUAUUGUUGUACACUGGAAGCUCCUGUCACCAAGACAAAUUCCUUGUAUGUGUAAGUGUACUUGGCAAUAAAGCUCAUUCUGAUUAAACUAUUUUAACACGA